GAGGCUGUGCCACAUAUUCCAAAAGUUCAUGUUACAGCUCGGCAUUGAUCCUCCUGUAGUUGUCAGUCGGUCAAGGCAGCGGUGUGUCCACUGUCCAACUGAACAAGAAAGGAAGCUUUUAAGAAGAUAAGGUCGUCGUAAAACCCCACCAUCAUGCGCGAAAUAGUGCACAUACAGGCUGGUCAGUGCGGCAACCAAAUAGGAACUAAGUUUUGGGAAGUCAUUAGUGAUGAACAUGGCAUCGAUCCAGCAGGAGGCUACAUUGGAGACUCGGCCCUGCAGCUGGAGAGGAUCAAUGUCUACUAUACUGAAUCAUCGUGCCAGAAAUAUGUACCUAGAUCAAUUCUAGUAGACUUGGAGCCAGGAACAAUGGAUAGUAUCCGAUCAGGCCCUCUUAGUCAACUGUUUAGACCUGACAACUUUAUCUUUGGACAAACGGGUGCAGGAAACAACUGGGCAAAAGGACAUUAUACAGAAGGGGCAGAGCUAAUGGACUCUGUACUUGAUGUAAUGAGAAAAGAAUGUGAACACUGUGACUGUCUUCAAGGAUUUCAGCUCACUCACUCACUAGGAGGUGGUACUGGCUCUGGAAUGGGGACACUACUUAUUAGUAAAAUCCGUGAAGAGUAUCCUGACAGAAUAAUGAACACCUUUAGUGUAAUGCCAUCACCUAAAGUAUCAGACACUGUUGUUGAGCCAUACAAUGCCACACUGUCUGUACAUCAAUUAGUCGAGAACACAGAUGAAACUUAUUGCAUAGAUAAUGAAGCCUUGUAUGACAUAUGCUUCCGUACAUUGAAACUUACCAAUCCAACAUAUGGGGAUCUGAACCACCUAGUGUCAGCUACAAUGAGUGGGGUGACAACAUCUUUACGGUUUCCUGGUCAACUGAAUGCAGAUCUUAGAAAGCUAGCUGUGAACAUGGUUCCCUUCCCUCGUCUUCAUUUCUUUAUGCCUGGUUUUGCACCACUUACACCUCGUGGAAGUCAGCAGUAUCGUGCACUGACAGUCCCAGAACUAACACAGCAAAUGUUUGAUGCCAAGAACAUGAUGGCUGCCUGUGAUCCAAGGCAUGGGCGCUAUCUGACUGUUGCCACUGUAUUCAGAGGUCACAUGUCCAUGAAGGAAGUGGAUGAGCAGAUGUUAGCUGUUCAGAAUAAGAACAGCAGUUUAUUCGUGGAAUGGAUUCCCAAUAAUGUUAAAGUAGCAGUAUGUGACAUUGCACCCCGUGGACUCAAGAUGGCUGCCACUUUUAUUGGGAACAGCACAGCCAUUCAGGAGCUAUUCAAAAGGAUCUCUGAGCAGUUUUCUGCAAUGUUUAAAAGGAAAGCUUUCCUUCACUGGUUUACAGGUGAAGGAAUGGAUGAGAUGGAAUUCACAGAAGCAGAGAGUAAUAUGAAUGACCUGGUGUCAGAGUACCAACAGUACCAGGAUGCUACAGUGGAUGGAGAAGAAGCAUUUGAUGAAGAGGAAGAGGAAGUCAAUGAAUAAAUCACAUUUCUAAUCCACUGAUAUAUAUUUGGACACUGAUAUUUCUUUUGAAAAACAAAACAAAAAACAAAACAAAGAAACACUUUUAAAUGCUAUCCUCAUCACCAGAAUUUUUUUGAUAGUGCAUAAAUGUUUUAAAAAUUAAGAUGAAAAAUGCCAACAUGUUCUGUUAUAGAUGCACAACAGACUAAGUUGUGCAUUACUGGGUUAUUUUGCUGUCUAAAAUAAAGAAAAAUAUAUAAAAAAAUGCAUCUUGGAGCCUAGAUCAAGAGAAACGUAAAUGUCACUGCUGAAAAGUGACCAGCUGUAGAAAAUAUUUACCAGGACUUCAAGUAGUCCUAAAACAAUGAUUACUAUUCCUUACUUCUUUGACAUAGAUGCGUAGGAGUUGUUGAAGGUAUGUUUUUUUUGUCUUUCAAACACUGUGUACAUUUCACCACUUACAUAUUACAGCUUCACUCUACGAUUGCAUAGCAAAGACCUGAAAUGAGGUGUAACACAUCAUAAAUUUUCCUUUGUAAUCAUUUUCAGCAAAAGGAACCUAAUGCAACUGAUUCAAGCUUAUCACUCAUAUGCAAGGAGUGUAUUUACUGGGCCUGCUCCUUUCUGUCAUCUGUUUCUCUGAAGUGGAAGGAAAUGUUGAAAGGUUAUGGCUAAGUUUGCAGAUGAUUGCAAGUGGGGAGGUUAUCAUCAUAUCCCAAGACCUAUGUCAACCAUCCUGGCGAAUUACCAUGUUGAUAUUACACCCCUACGAGUCAACCCAGUGGUUAGGGAUGUGGGUAUGCACAUCCACAGUAGCAUCACCCUUGACCACCAUGUGACCACAGUGGUGAGAAAAUCCUUUCAAGUUGCAUAAAGGGACAAUUCCAGUGUUUAAAAUUAGGGUCCGAGUUAAGUUGACAGAAGUCAUGCCCACUUAGACACGUCACUUUCAUUCCCACCCACAGUGUCAUUUUACUUUUAAAUAUCCUGUAAAUCCACAAUCCAGUCUUGUUUCAGCUCCCAGGAUAAACUAAUCGUUGGAUUUGUGUUCCUCUCUGAUUUACAUUGGAUUGGGGAACUAUGCCCCCAGCUCGUGGCUCAUAAUUAAAAUAAAGACAGCUGUGCCAGGGAAAAAGGGACAUCAGUGUACACUAAUUUUUAAAGUUUGCAGCACUCAUGCUUCUACAGAUGUACAAGCAGCCCACUCAUAAAAAAUAGUACAUUUGUCUAGUAGUAUUCAGAAAUCAGCACAUAUCAAACUAGAAGCUGAAAAAGGAACAGAAGAGUAUGUCUACUAAUGCCCCAACCUUCUAUCACACACUUCCUUUCUGUAGAAUUACUAGCAGGUCAGAAAGUCACUACACCAGACUAGUAUUUAAAAAAUCAGAAUAGUGUAAAACAUGAAACAGAGAAAUAUGGUUUUGACUACCGUUUGCCUGACUCAGAUACUUUCUAUAGGUAGAAGCCAUGUCAUAAAAUUGUUGUAGAUGGCCUGGAUUCACAAUCUCUGCAGAAUAAAUAUGAAAUGAAAGUAA